AUGAGUCUUCCGCAGUAUAAGAAGGACUUCCUACGGGCUGCCGUCGAGGGUGGCGCCCUACGGUUCGGGUCUUUCGAAUUGAAGUCGAAGCGGAUAUCGCCAUACUUCUUCAAUGCGGGCGAUUUCUAUACUGGUGAGCUGCAUGAGCCCAUCAUGGAUGCAUACGCCCAAACUAUUGCCACAAGCGAACUGGCCGACGGUUUCGAUGUUAUCUUCGGCCCGGCUUAUAAGGGUAUCCCAUUGGCCGCCACCGUCUUCUACGCCUUAAUUAAGCUAGACCGCGCCAAGUACCGCCAUGCCGCCUAUAGCUUCGAUCGCAAGGAAGCGAAGGAUCAUGGCGAAGGCGGAAGCAUUGUCGGAUCGCCAUUGAAAGAUAAGCGUGUCCUCAUCAUUGACGACGUUGUAUCUGCCGGCACCGCCAAACGUCAGGCCAUCGACAUGAUCCGAGCCGCUGGUGGCACUGUUGUAGGCAUUAUUGUCGCUCUAGACCGCCAAGAAACCUUACCAGAAGGCGACGGUAAGACUAGUGCCAUCGGCCAGCUGAAGAAGGAGUAUCAGAUCCCUAUCAUCCCUAUCGUGAAGCUCGACGACAUCAUCGACGGUAUGAAGGGUGUUAUCUCGGAAGCUGAUAUCAAGAGCAUCGAGGAGUACCGUACUAAGUACGGAGCUAGCGAUUGA